AUGGUGCUGGCAGACCUCGGGAAGCGCAUAAAUGCUGCGGUUGCGCAGGCUUUAAACAACGACACAGAUGACUACGUUGCAGGCGUUGAGACCAUGUUAAAAGCGAUCGUGACAGCGCUGUUGGAGAACGACGUGAACAUCAAGCUGGUAUCGUCAGUGCGCAGCAAUAUCAAGGCACGGCUGCUGGCGGACAAAAGUGGACGGCGCAUGGGCCAGGCACAGACCAAGCAGCUGGUACAGAAGACGGUGUUCGAGGAACUGUGUGCGCUGGUGGACUGCCAGACGGCUGCAUACCAGCCCAAGAAGAAGAAGAGCAACGUGGUGAUGUUUGUGGGGCUGCAGGGUGCAGGUAAGACCACUUCGUGCACGAAGCUGGCGGUGUACUACUCUAAGCGCGGGUUCAAGGUGGGCCUGGUGUGUGCAGACACGUUUCGGGCAGGUGCGUUCGACCAGCUGAAACAGAAUGCCAUCAAAGCCAAGAUCCCGUUCUAUGGCUCGUACACAGAAACGAACCCCGUGCGCGUGGCCGCGGACGGCGUUGCGAAGUUCAAGAAGGAGCGGUUCGAGAUCAUCAUCGUGGACACGUCCGGUAGGCACCACCAGGAGGACGCGCUGUUCCAGGAAAUGGUGGAAAUCGCACAGGAAGUCAAGCCCAACCAAACGAUCAUGGUUCUGGACGCCUCGAUCGGGCAGGCCGCGGAGCAGCAGUCGCGCGCCUUCAAGGAGGCCGCAGACUUCGGCGCCAUCAUCCUGACCAAGAUGGACGGGCACGCCAAGGGCGGCGGUGCCAUCUCCGCGGUGGCCGCCACGAAAACACCCGUGAUCUUCAUCGGCACAGGCGAGCACGUACACGACUUCGAGAAGUUCUCGCCGAAGUCGUUCGUGUCGAAGCUGCUCGGCAUCGGCGACAUCGAGUCGCUGCUGGAGCAGUUCCAGACCGUCUCCAACAAGGAGGACACCAAGGCCACCAUGGAGAACAUCCAGCAGGGCCGCUUCACGCUGCUGGACUUUCAGAAGCAGAUGCAGACCAUCAUGAAGAUGGGCCCGCUGUCCAACCUCGCCAGCAUGAUCCCCGGCAUGAGCGGCAUGAUGAGCGGCAUCUCCGAGGACGAGACCAGCCGCAAGAUGAAGAAGAUGGUCUACGUGCUCGACUCCAUGUCCCGCGAGGAGCUCGAGUCGGACGGCCGCGUCUUCAUCGACGAGCCCGCCCGCAUGCUGCGCGUCGCCCGCGGCUCCGGCACCUCCGUCUUCGAGGUCGAGAUGAUCCUCAUGCAGCAGCAGAUGAUGGCCCGCAUGGCCCAGGGCGCCAAGAACAUGGGCGGCCUCCCUGGCAUGCCCGCCGGCCCCGGCAUGCCCCGCCUCUCGCCGCAGAUGAUGCAGCACGCCCAGCAGCAGUUGCGCCAGAACCCCUCCAUGAUGCGCAACAUGAUGGGCAUGCUCGGCGGCGGCUCCGGCGCCGCCAUGCCCGAUAUGGCCGACAUGAUGCGCAUGAUGCAGGACCCGCAGAUGCAACAGAUGGCCUCGCAGUUCGGCAUGGGCCUCUGA